AUGCAUGACUUCAAACUGUUACUAAUCAAUACUUCUGUAAAUCAAAUUCUGGGGGCAUUGCUUGAAGGAUUUCUACAGCAGAGGAUGCUCCCCUCCGGAUCAGUGUUGGCCCUUCUACCAGUAGGACCAUGUCGUUACUUUGGACCGAUGACAUGUUUUGUCGCUUACAAUCUCACGGAUGCUGUGACUAUGAACGUCGCUAUCGGAUUUUUUCAUUCGAUGUAUUUUCGAUAUCGUGUGAUUGGAAAAAAACAGUUGUCCCGCAAACACGUGAAGAUCAAUCUUCUCAUUACAACAAUUCUUCCUGUUAUACUAUCGUACGACGUCAUCGGACUGACCGAGACGAGACGACGUCACCCUCUCAACGCCGUAUAUGAAACUGGAGAAGAACUGUUCUUAGGAACAUGCGACAGUAGAGGUGUUGGUGGAGUUGGCGUCCUCGUCAACACGAGUAUGGCAAAGAACAUCGACUCUUUUGAACAACUUACGACCCGAAUCGGACGUCUGCGGAUGAGAAGAUGUGGCCCAAUACCAGCUUUGACUAUCUUCGUCGUUUACGCUCCAACAUCAAGCUACGAAGAAGAAGAAGUCGAAGCUUUCUAUAUGGACCUGGAGAAGUUCUACCAAGAAGAUCAUGCCUUCUACAAGGUCAUAGUUGGCUAUUUCAACGCUAAGGUUGGCCCAAGAAGAACGCCGGAGGAACUUCACAUCGGGACCCACGGCCUACAAUGGAAUGACCAGGGAGAGAGGCUCUCCGAGUUCAUCAUGACGACUAAGACCAUCCAUGGGAACUCGCAAUUUCAGAAGCCCUCUUCUUUACGCUGGACGUGGGAGUCACCCGGUGGAGGGUACCGUAAUGAAAUAGACCACAUCAUCGUCAAUAAAAGGUUCUGCCUGACGGACGUCAGUGUUGUACCAAAGUUCUAUACGGGAUCGGACCAUCGCCUCCUCCGAGGAAGGUUUUCCUUCACAAGGAGAGCAGAGAAAGCCGCCAAGUUCAGAGAGAGAAAUCCCAGGACUACCAUCAACUGGGAUCUCUUCGCUACGCUGGCCGGCUUUUGGGAAGAUUCUGCAAUGGACAACAUCGACGAGGAAUAUGACCGGCUUGUCGAACACCUUCACGACUGCGCGAAGAAGGCUGAGAGUUUUAAAACCACCAGGAGGCGCCUGUCUCUUGAAACUCUUGAGCUGAUACGCCAGCGUGGAGCAGCACGAGCCGCAGGGAACCAAGAACUCACGUCCGAGCUCGCAAGGCUUUGCCGAGAGGCGAUAAAGGAAGACCUUAAAGGGAGAAGAGCAGAAGUGCUGGCUGAAGCUGCAGAGGCGGGGAAAAGCAUCCGCUAUGCCCGUCGAGACUUCGCCAGUCGCAAGACGAGGAUGACUGCUCUCCGGAACCCAAAGGGAACAGCCAUUGCAUCGAGAAGGGGGAUGGAGAAAAUCAUCUACGACUUCUACUCUGAUCUCUUCGACAGCCAUGUCCACUUGCCUCCUCACCAUCUGAGGGAAGAUGGACAAGUCAUUCCAGAGGUUCUCCCGUCCGAAAUACGACAUGCUAUCAUGUCGGUAAGAAAUCGUACGGCACCCGGUCCCGACAGAAUAAGACCAGAACACCUGAAGAGCCUUCCGCCAGUACUCAUCAACACCCUGGCGAGGCUCUUUACACGUUAUCUGUCGGAAUGCAAGGUUCCUAAACAGUGGAAGACCAGCAAGACCGUGUUGUUGUAUAAAAAGGGAGAUCCACAUGACAUCGGCAACUAUCGCCCAAUCUGCCUACUGUCCGUCAUCUACAAGCUCUUUACAAGAGUAAUCCUUAAUAGGAUUGAAAAAGUCUUGGAUGAAGGACAGCCAUGCGAGCAAGCAGGGUUUCGAAAAGGAUUCAGCACGAUUGACCACAUUCACACUGUUUCGAAACUCAUCGAGGUAUCACGAGAGUACAAGAUGCCGCUCUGUCUCACCUUCAUCGACUUAAAGAAGGCUUUCGACUCGGUUGAGACGGAAGCGGUCGUGGAAGCCUUGGACAACCAAGGCGUCCCUACUCAGUAUAUUAAGGUACUUCGAGAGUUGCACAGUAACUUCACGACCGGAAUUUCGCCAUUCUACAAGAACAUCAUCAUUGACGUGAAGAGGGGGGUCCGACAGGGUGAUACAAUUUCACCCAAAAUAUUCACAGCCACCCUCGAGAACGCAAUGCGAAAGUUGGAAUGGGACGACAUGGGAGUGAAGGUUGAUGGUCGGCAGCUACACCAUUUGCGCUUUGCUGAUGACAUCGUACUGGUAACACCUAGCAUCAGCCAAGCGGAACGAAUGCUGACCGAAUUCGACGAAACAUGUGGAUGCAUCGGUCUUCAGCUGAAUCUACAAAAGACGAUGUUCAUGCGGAACGGAUGGGUCUCGGAUGCCCCAUUCACGCUCAACGGAACGAACAUAUCCGAAUGCACCAGCUACGUUUAUCUGGGUCGGGAACUGAACAUGAUGAACGACCUGACCCCCGAGCUGGGCAGGAGGAGACGAGCGGCUUGGGGAGCGUACAAGAGCAUCGAGGAUGUAGUGAAGAAGACCAGGAACACCCGGCUCCGUGCUCACCUCUUCAACACCACCGUACUUCCUGCUUUGACCUAUGCUUCGGAAACCUGGGCAUUUCGCAAGCAGGAAGAAAACGCAGUGAGCGUCAUUGAACGCGCAAUUGAGAGAGUGAUGCUAGGAGUAUCCCGUUUCACGCAAGUGAGGGACGGGAUUCGAAGUUCCCUCCUACGUCAGCGAUCGAAGAUUAGAGACGCCGCCGCGUUUGCCAAGGAAAGUAAAAUAAGGUGGGCCGGACACGUGAUGCGCUUUGAUGACAACCGUUGGACCAGAGCCAUCGCUCCCUACAUUCCACCGCUUCACUUUAAUACUGUCAUGGAAAUCGCAAUUCGAGAACAUCCAGAGUAUAACUUGGAGGAAUAUGGUCGUUUUGGCGGUUUCUACCCCACAACUGAUCCAUGCUUUGUAAUAUGUUCCUUGAUUCUAUACGCUGUACCUUUUUUCUUGCCUAUUGUCAUACUGUACUGGAGGCAUCUGAUUCUAAAGGCGUUUAACAGCCAUGGCGGAGGAUUUACGGAGAAAACUCGUUCUAGUUCGAGAUUAUUGCUUAAGGCUUUGACCGCGCAAGCAUUGAUGCCGUUGCUGUGCACUGUACCAUUUGGCCUUCUCUACUUUACAGUACAAUUUACUGGACAAAAAUUUGCUCCUUUAGAAUACCUGUUCGCUGUUUUUAUCACUCUUCCGUUUGCUAUUGAUCCUGAUCCGAUCAGGCGAGACUUAGUAUCGUUAGUACUGUCAUGA